GACUGCAACUGAGAUCGUCGCCCCCGAGUCAUGUGCGUUUUUUGUGUGCUUGUGUAGUUUCUCUGGAAGCAAAGCAAAUACAAACUGUUUAAACAACAGUCGAACCUUUUUUUUUUGGAGACAAAUCGCAACCGAAUGAGAGUUUGAAGCAGGUCUGCUAGUUUGAUUUUAGUAACCGAAUCGGUUACCUCGGGUAGUGAAAUAAUAAAACAAAGAAACAAAACCCGUUCAAACAAUGGAACCAACGAAAGCUUCGCCCGAUCUUAAUCUGAAGGAAAUUCUUGCCAGCGUGACACCAGAGCAACGGGCAGAAUUUUUAAAAUCGUAUCAACAAUUGCAAAUGCUUCCCGGUCUGAUAGAAAAGAUGCGUGCAAAAGCCCUGAAUGAUCAACUGUUUUACAGAAACGUCUUUUUCUUCGGUGCCAUCUUCAUCGUGCUGAGCGUGUUCGGUAAGAAGUAAUGCGAAUGUUAACGAACAUAACAACAGAGGCGUACAGACAGAGGAAACCUAGCAAAUGAAACACGUUCAGCGUCUGGUCACAUUAGCUAAUUUGCUUGUUGCCCUGGUAGACUUGGGGUAGUUUUCCAGCAGGUUCCCGGCUUUAGUUUCAAGUGUGGCUUUCGCACGUUUGUUAUCUGCGAUAGUGCAACGUCGCUUUAUAUACAUGAUGGGUACGGUGCGUUCCGAACACGCGGUGUGACACGUUAGCACCUUUCGUGAAUCCACUGUCGGUCAAUAUUUUAUUACGGUUAAGGAAAUUCCCAUCGGAAGGGGACAAGUGUGAAGGUGGUGAUCGUGUAAAGGGCAACGCGUGGUCUCUAGCUUGGAGAUACUCACUUUGGCCACGUCACUCACACGACGGGUGACGACUUAUCGAGUGAUAAGCAACGGGUUUUUUUUCCUUUUUUUUUCGCUGCUCUAUUGUUGAUUGUACACUAUCGCGCGUUUUUUUAUCUUCAUCAUCUUUACCAUCAUCCCCACCCGACGGAAUCGAUGUUGUCGGUGGACAGUUUUACCAAGCUUUUGCCACCUGUUUAUUAGUGUACGGGUGGGUCUGCUACUGCUGUGAAGGUUUGUAGCAAACGAACGAGAUAACGAACGUGUAACGUGCGCUUUAUCGUGGCAGUCGUCCUUAGUUCUUGUUCUGCUGCAUCUCAUCAACAUGACGGCAGCCGACUAUGAGGAAAAUCCUUUCGUCGAGGCACUUACAUCCGAUGCACUCAGUGAGCUACUGCAGGAUGAUGAGAAACGAUCGCUGGCACAAGAGUUUCAGGACAAUUUGCGAACACUGUCCGAAAUGUUCGUUAACCUGUCGGAGGACGAGAAGCGCCAGUUUGCGAAACAGUUUAAGCGCAAGUUUGUGAAAUCGUUAUCACAGUUGAGCGAAUUUUCCAAACAGAAGAAGAUCGUUCAAAGUGCACUGGGGAAGGAUGAUGAACCAGGCACGGUGGUAGAAACGAUUGUCAAAAAAGUGCCCUUGAUGGAUAUACUUUGGACCGAACAGUUCGGACCAACGCCCUUAGGGUAUGGGCUUAUGGCAGGUUUACUUACACUCGUAAUUGCAUUCUUUGGCUACAAGCUGUACCUAUCGCUCACGGAGAAGGAACGCAAGCGCGAGGAAAAGCUAAAGGCAAAACAGGAAAAGGGCAAAAAGAAGAAAUGAUUCCCUGCCGUUGGGAGUAACACAACCACUGGCGGCAACAGUGAUCGCGCAUCACGUCGAAAUCAUCAGAGCCAAAAGCAGCAGCUGGAGCCGUCAGUGAAGCACAAACAUUCCAGAGGAAAAAGACUUGGCAAGGCCUAGCGAAUCCAUACCGCGUAAUAAUUCAAAUCGGGCACGGGCACGAGGAAUAGGAAAACAGAGCAAGAUAAAAAAAACAAGAAGAGAAAACACUAUAUUUAUCGACCGAUUGUUAGUCCCCGUUUUGCAACAGAUAUAUGUAUAUUUACUCCGAUAGCGAUAGUGAUCAUUCCCUUUUAGCCCGAAUCCCCCUGGGAGCGACGUUGUAGUUUCCGCUUUCCCGGGAAGACUGUCCCGUUUUUUUUUUUGCCAGCAAAUCGUUCCCUUACUAAGGUUUACUCCAAAUCCUGUUCUUCAGUACUAUUGCCGUAAAACACAAUCUAGUACAACGUUCUAAGUAGCAGCUAUAAGUGUGUUCGACAUACCGAUCAAUAUAUCUUCUUUAGCCCAACGACACAGGCAAUCAUAACCUGUCUGUCAAUACAGAUACAGAUCCGCUAACCGUUCCGAUCAUUCAAUUUGUAGAACAAUAGCGAAGGGAAACGCUUUUUUUAGUUUUGAAUAACAGAUUACUGCAAGGGACAAUUGCGACAUUUCAAUUUACAAUCCUUCUGACACAGUAGUAGCAGUGGAAUACGAAACGCAAUCAAGUUGUGUGUGUUUUCUCGUUUAUGUGCAAGAUAAUAUAUUUUAUAUAGAGAAUGGAGAAUGCGAAGAAGCAGAACAAGGUAAU